AUGGCGACCUGGACGACGCGCGUGCGCUGGGUCGAGGACGGCCUCGUGCUGCGCGUCACGGAGGUCGAACUCGCCGUGGGCGGCGCGGCGGCGCUGCACCACGUCAAGGCCGCCGUCGAGGCGACGUUCGCCAUCCCGAUCGACCGGCAGAAGCUCGGCCCGCCGUCGGCGCUCGCGGAGCUCGCGUCGGCGGCGCGCACGUCCCUCGACGUCGAGGAGGCCGCGCUCGCCGCCGAGGACGAGGCCGCCGCGGCCGACGACGCCGCGGCCGAGGCGCGCGCGCGCGCGGACAUGGAGGCCAUGUACGCGGAGCUGCACCGCCGCGAGGGCGAGCCCGCUCCGCCGCACCGCCGCGAGGGCGAGCCCGCUCCGCCGCACCGCCGCGAGGGCGAGUCCAAGUGGGCGUCGGACGCCGUGCUCCUUGAGGACGACGAGCCGCCCGCGCGCGCGCCGCGGCCGCGGAAGCGGCACCAGGCGCGGCGCCUCGACGAGGCGAGGGCCGCGGACCUGCCGCCGCUCGAGGACCUGCGCCGCGAGGCGCCGGCCGACGGCUACGCGCUCGACCGGGAGCCGCGCGUCGCCCUCGACGAGGAGCCGGUCGCGCUGGACGAGGACGGCUACGUCGUCGAGCCCGGCGACGCCUCGGACGACGACGUCCUCGACCUGCCCAUCCCGGGGCUCCCCGACGACGACGACGACGACGACGGCGACGCCGACGAUGGCGGCGGCGACCCCGCGCCCGCGCGCUACAGCCGCUUCGUCGUCCGCUUCUCCGGGUCCGUGCCCGUCGUCGUCGUGAGCGAGCCGACGCUGGAGAUCGACCAGGCGGCCGUCGCGCGCGAGCUCGCCGCGGAGCACGGCUUCGCGCCGGAGCGCGCGCGCGAGACCGCGGCGGCGGCCGUGCGCGUCGCGAACCUCAAGCGGGGCCCGCGGCCCGUGGAGGAGAAGUACGUGCUCUGGUGGGCGGACAAGUACGGCGCGCGCGAGGCGCUGCGCCUGCGGCUCGCGGGCGCCGGCGGCUCGGACGUCGACGUCGACCCCAUGGCGCGCGUCGCGCGGCGCGUGCACCUCGGCGGCCGGAACCAGGUGCCGCGCAUGCGUCUGGUCGUCGACGAGUCGCCCGCGGGGCUCCGGAGGAUCGCGGAGGCGGAGGCCAUGGGCCGCGAGGACGGCCGCGCCGCGCGCCACGCGGCGGGCCGCGCGGCGAACGCGGCCGCGGAGACCGCGCUGCUCGCGUCCGAGGACCCGCGCGGCGCGGGCGCCUUCUUCGACGGCGACGCCUUCGAGCGGCGCGGCGACGAGCGCGCGCGCAUGGCCUUCGAGGACGAGGAGGGCCGGGUCCUGGGCCUCGCGGCGGACGACCGCGCGCGGCCGCCGCAGGGCCGCCGCGACGACGCCCUCGGCGCGGGCCUCACGUUCCAGCAGAAGCGGCGCGUCGUCGCGCACCUGCCCGUAUGCGACCAGAUGCGGCUCUUCUGCGCGUCGCGGCGCCUCGCCGUCGACGGCUUCGGGGGCACCUUCUGGCGCACGACCGCGCUCCGCGACUUCGGCGCGUCGCCGAACGACGGGUCCUGGUUCGGCGGCGAGCUGCGCGCGGAGGACGCGCUCAAGGCCACGGAGCGGCUGCGCACGCUGCCCGCGCCGGGCGCCGACGGCCUGUCGCCGGACGCGGCCGCGCGCGCGCGGAGCGGCGCCGCGGGCGCGGGCUACCGGCGCGAGCUCUGCCGGUGCCUCGCGUCGCAGCGCGUCUGGUCCUGGGGGCGGGGCGCCGGCGGCGCGCUGGGCCACGACGACGACGACGUCACCUUCGCCGCGCCGAAGGAGCUCGAAGCGCUGCGGCCCGUGCCCGUGAAGCAGCUCGUCGCGGGCCCGCACCACUCGGCGGUGCUCGACUGGCGCGGCCGGGUCUACUCCUGGGGCUUCGACGCGUGCCUCAACGUGCGCCAGAGCGUCUCCGCCGCGAGCUCCGCGGGCGCGACCUACGCCGAGGACGCGGGCCCCGCGCGCGCGGGCGACACGCGCGUGCGAGCGCCCGCGCGCGUCGCGGACGUCUUCCGCGGCGACCUGGACCUCGACGACGGCGCGGACGCGCUCAGGGCGCCGCCGCCGGCCGUGCGCCACAUCGCCGCGGACUCGACGAGCGUCGUCGCCGUGGGGCGCGACGGCGCGGAGGCGAAGCGGCUGGGCGGCAAGCGGCUCGACGCGCAGCUCGACGCGAUGGAGCGCUACGGCGACGCGGCCAAGGCGCCGCCGAAGCCCCUGGACGCCGUCGCCGUCGCGGCCAUCACCUGCGGCGUCGAGCACUCCGUCGCGCUGGAGCGGAGCGGCCACGUCUGGACCAGCGUCUGGACGUGGCGCGCGCCGCGGCACCCGCCCGAAACCGCCGCGCCCGUGUCCUGGGCGCGCGAGAUCGCGCGGCACCUGGGCCUGGCGUCGGGCGACCUCGACGAGGUGCUGGAGCCCGUGCCCCUGGGCCGCGGCGGCGACCCGAUGGCGCCCGGCCGCGUGGCCCUGGAGGCCGCGACGCGCGUCGAGGACGACGCGCCGACGCGGUCGCCCGUCGUAUCCGUCGCCGUCGGCGCGUACCACACGGCGUGCCUUACGGCCGCGGGCCACGUCUUCACCUGGGGCCUGGGGCCCGCCGUCGGCCGGGGCCGCGAGGGCUUCGACCGCACGCUCGCGGACGGCGAGGACGGCCGGCCGACGCGCGUCCGCGACCUCGAGGACGUCGUCUGGCUCGGCGCGGGCCACUCCUUCACGGCCGCGCUGACGUUCGCCGGCGAGCUCUACCUCUGGGGCGACGGCGACGUGUUAGGGCGGGCCGCGCCCCGCCACCGGCCCGCGCGCGCGGCGUUCCCGAAGGGCGCCAAGUGCGUCGCCGCGGCGUGCGGCCUCUACCACGUCCUCGCGAUGACGUGCGCGCGCGACGCGGACGCGCCCGUGAACACGGCCUUCUACCUCGACCACCGCGUCGACGCGAGCGAGUGGCUCCUCCACUCGCGCAUCCGCACCGACGCCUACGGCGCCAUCGCGCCCCUCACGCACGCGCGGCGGGGCGUGCGCGUCCCCGACGUGCUCCGCGACCUCGGCCCCGUCGAACUGGCCGUCAGCCUGGCACACUGGCAGCGCACGUGCAUGGGAGAGCGGGAGCGCCGCAUCAUGCUACGCUUCGUAUUGCUCGUGACCGCAGCCACAUCGCUCGAGCUCGGCCGCCGCGACGCGCUGCGGUGCCUCGCCGCAUCCUGCGCGACGCCCGCGGCCGUCGCCGGCGCCGCGCCCAUCGAUGCCGCGCCGCUCAACGCCUGGGAGUCCUACGCCGUCCUCGGCGACAGCGCGUCCUUCAAUCCGUCGGCGCGGGCCGUCGCCCCCCGGACCCUCGUCGCGCAGCUCGCGCGGCGGCGCGCCGUCUUCCUCGGCGAGCAUCACGACGCCGUCGCGGACCACGCGCUCCAGGCGCAGCUCGUGGCCGCGCUCCGCGCGGCCGAGCCGUCGCGGCCGCUCGCCGUGGGCUUCGAGGCCGUCCAGCAGCGGUUCCAGCCCGCGCUCGACGCCUACGGCGCGGGGAAGCUCAGCGAGCGGAGGCUCGCCGCGGCGACGGAGUGGGAGCAGCGGUGGAGCUGGCCCUUCGAGGCCUACGCGCCCGUCUUCCGCGCGGCCAAGGCGGCGAAGGCGGACCUGCUCGCGCUCAACGUCGACGGCGAGGACGCCGCGAAGGUGUCGGCGGCGGGCCUCGCGGGCCUGGACCGCGCCGCGCGCGGGCGCUACCUGCCCGAUCCGCAGGGGUUCGCGGCCUUCGCGAAGACCGUGGCCUUCAAGAGCUACGUGGGCUACGCGAUCCGGCCGAGCUACGCGCUGCACGUCGAACUGGGCAUCCUGCCGGCGACGACGACGAGCGAGUGCGUCGGGAACGACGCGUCGUGCACCACGUCCUUCAAGAACUUCCUCGCGAAUCGCGUGCUCUGGGACGAGGCCAUGGCGUCCGUCAUGGAGACCUGGCUCGCGUCGAAGCCGGGGGGGCUGGCCGUCGGCGUCGUCGGCGCGGACCACGUGAAGUUCGGCUGCGGCGCCGCGAACCGCCUCGCGCGGCGCCUGCCGGGCGCCGCGCGCGUCGACGACGUCGCCACGGUGCUCCUGAACCCGCGGCCGAGCGACACGCGCGGCGACGAGACCGGCGGCGUCGAGCGGGGCGGCGCGCCCCUGCCGCGGCGGGGGGGGCGGGUCGACUACGACUCGCUCGCGGGUUCGCGGGACGUCGCGCGCGGCGGCGACGGCCUCGUCAACUUCGCCGAGUACACGCUCCAGCUCCGCUUCGCGCCCGUGCCCGCCGUCGACGACUGGGUCGGCAACGAGGUCGACCGCGGCAAGGGGCCCGAGCUCAUCGCCGACGCGGCGGCGGCGGCGCAGGCGCGGCCGGGCUCCGCCGUGCUGCCCGUCGCGGACUACCUCGUCCUCCGCUUCGCGCCCGUGCCCGCCGUCGACGACUGGGUCGGCAACGAGGUCGACCGCGGCAAGGGGCCCGAGCUCAUCGCCGACGCGGCGGCGGCGGCGCAGGCGCGGCCGGGCUCCGCCGUGCUGCCCGUCGCGGACUACCUCGUCGACACGCCGAAGUUGUUGCGUCCGUUUAGGAUGAAGAGCGAGGCGGCCCGCACGCUCGUCGCGGGCACCUGCGGCGGCUGCGCAUCGAUCCUCGUCUGCCACCCGCUGGACACGAUCCGCACGCGGCUGCAGACGGCGGCGCCCGGCGAGUACGCCGGCGCCUGGGACUGCGCCGUCGCUUCCGUCCGCGCGGAGGGCGUCGCCGCGCUCUACAAGGGCCUGCUCGUGCCGCUGCUCGCGCAGGGCGCGUACAAGGCCAUCAUGUUCGGCGUCUACGGCGCGUGCCGGCGGCGCGUGACGGAGUCGACGGGCCGGAGCGAGCUCAAACCGUCGGAGAUCUUCGCCUGCGGCGCCGUCGCCGGCGGCGCGAACGCGCUCGUGCUGACGCCCGUCGAGCUCGUGCGGAACCGGCUCCAGGUCGCGCGGUCCGCGGGGCUCACGGUCGCCGGGGCCCUGGCCGACGCGGCGAAGGCCGCGGGCGGCUCGCGGCUCCGCGGCGCGUACCGGGGCGUCGGCGCGACGCUGCUCCGCGACGUGCCCGGCGUCGGCGCGUACUACGCGGCGUUCGAGGUCGCGCGGCGCGCGGCGGUCGCGCGCCGCGGCCCGGGGGCCGUGCUGAGCCUGCCGGAGCUCGCGGCGGCGGGCGCCGCGGGCGGCGCGGCCUUCUGGACCGUCGCGCUGCCCUUUGACUGCGUCAAGAGCCGGCUCCAGGUCGGCCAGGGCACGUCGACGUGGGCGACGCUCGCGGCCACGCUCCGCGCGGGCGGCCUGCCGGCGCUCUACGUCGGCUACGGCUCGGCCCUGGUCCGCGGCGUGCCCGGCGCGGCCGUCGUCUUCGCCGUCUACGGCUCCGUCGAGGCGCGCCUCCGGGAGGACACCUGAGCGCCGCGGCGCGCGCGCGUGUGUGUGUGUCCCGACUAAGAACCCCCUUCG